GAAAGUUCUUCAUCUGGAAUUUCAGGUUGGAGAUACUCGCAGUGGCUUCUAAGCCAGUGACCAAAGCUGUCGAAGCAUGCUGGUGCCAAGCUGUCAGAUGAUGCACAUAACCAGGCCAAUAGUAGUGCUACUAUGCUUCCUACUUUGUGCAGAUGCUGAAACACCACCAAAGUUUGCAAGAACACCUGUUGACCAGACAGGGGUCUCUGGAGGAGUUGCCUCAUUCAUCUGUCAAGCUACAGGAGACCCAAGGCCUAAAAUUGUCUGGAACAAGAAGGGCAAAAAAGUCAGCAAUCAGAGAUUUGAGGUAAUAGAGUUUGAUGAUGGGUCUGGAUCAGUCCUCAGAAUACAACCACUGCGAACUCCACGAGAUGAAGCUAUUUAUGAAUGUGUUGCCUCCAACAGUGUUGGAGAAAUAAGUGUGUCCACAAGACUUACUGUCUUGCGUGAGGAUCAAAUUCCACGUGGUUUUCCCACCAUUGAUAUGGGACCACAAUUAAAGGUGGUUGAGCGCACUCGAACAGCCACUAUGUUAUGUGCAGCCAGCGGCAAUCCUGAUCCAGAAAUAACAUGGUUCAAAGAUUUUUUACCUGUAGAUACAAGCAACAACAAUGGGCGCAUUAAGCAAUUACGAUCAGGUGCCCUCCAAAUCGAAUUGAGUGAAGAAUCUGACCAAGGCAAAUAUGAGUGUGUUGCAACCAACAGUGCGGGUACUCGCUAUUCUGCCCCUGCCAAUCUUUAUGUCAGAGAGCUGCGAGAAGUUCGCCGGGUGCCACCAAGAUUCUCAAUCCCCCCCACCAACCAUGAAAUUAUGCCUGGAGGAAGUGUUAACAUCACCUGUGUUGCUGUGGGAUCACCAAUGCCAUAUGUAAAAUGGAUGCUGGGAGCUGAAGAUCUGACACCAGAAGAUGAUAUGCCAAUUGGAAGGAAUGUCCUAGAGCUCAAUGAUGUUAGGCAGUCUGCUAAUUAUACCUGUGUGGCCAUGUCUACUCUUGGUGUUAUAGAAGCAAUAGCACAGAUAAAUGUAAAAGCAUUGCCCAAACCUCCAGGAACUCCUGUUGUGACUGAAAGCACAGCAACAAGCAUUACUUUGACCUGGGAUUCUGGAAAUCCUGAGCCAGUGUCUUACUACAUAAUCCAGCAUAAACCUAAGAAUUCCGAGGAACUAUAUAAAGAAAUUGAUGGAGUAGCCACAACAAGAUAUAGUGUGGCUGGCUUAAGCCCAUAUUCUGAAUAUGAGUUCAGAGUGGUUGCAGUGAAUAAUAUAGGAAGGGGUCCACCCAGUGAACCUGUGACAACACGGACCUCAGAGCAAGCACCAUCUAGUGCCCCACGUAAUGUACAGGCUCGUAUGUUGAGCUCAACCACCAUUUUAGUGCAGUGGGAAGAGCCUGAGGAACCAAAUGGUCAAAUACAAGGCUACAGAGUGUAUUACACUAUGGAUCCUUCCCAACAUGUCAACAGUUGGUUAAAACAUAAUGUGGCUGAUAGCCAUAUCACCACCAUUGGGAAUCUUGUACCACAGAAAACGUAUUCAGUGAAAGUACUUGCCUUUACCUCAGUUGGAGAUGGACCACUUUCUAGUGAUAUACAAGUCAUCACUCAGACAGGAGUCCCAGGACAACCAUUAAACUUCAAAGCUGAACCUGAAUCUGAAACAAGCAUAUUACUUUCAUGGACCCCUCCACGAUCUGAUACAAUCUCCAAUUAUGAUCUUGUUUACAAGGAUGGAGAACAUGGUGAAGAGCAGAGAAUUUCUAUUGAUCCAGCUACAUCUUAUCACUUGCAAGGCCUAAAGCCAAAUAGCUUAUACUACUUUCGUUUGGCUGCACGUUCUCCACAGGGUCUUGGUGCAUCAACAACAGAAAUUUCAGCUAGAACCAUGCAGUCAAAGCCAUCAGCUCCUCCUCAAGACAUUAGUUGCAACAGCCCCAGCUCCACUAGUAUUUUGGUAAGUUGGCAACCUCCUCCAAUGGAAAAACAGAAUGGAAUUAUCACUUCCUAUUCCAUCAAGUACACUGGAACUGAUGGAGAAGAUGACAAGCCCCAUGAAAUUUUGGGAAUUACUCCAGAUACUACACAGUACCUUUUGGAACAGUUGGAAAAAUGGACUGAAUAUCGCAUUUCUGUGGCAGCCCACACUGAUGUCGGACCUGGCCCAGAGAGUGAAUCUGUAUUUAUUCGGACAGAUGAAGAUGUUCCUAGUGGUCCUCCUCGCAAAGUCGAGGUUGAGGCUGUCAACUCUACAUCUGUUAAAGUGUCAUGGCGUUCUCCAGUGCCCAAUAAGCAGCAUGGCCAAAUCCGAGGUUACCAGGUGCAUUAUGUGAAGAUGGAAAAUGGAGAGCCUAGGGGCCAACCUAUGCUGAAGGAUAUCAUGUUGGCUGAUGCACAGUGGGAAUAUGAUGAUACUACUGAACAUGAGAUGAUCAUAGCUGGAUUACAGCCAGAAACAACCUAUUCCCUUACUGUGACAGCCUAUACAACCAAAGGAGACGGAGCACGGAGCAAACCUAGAUUAGUAUCUACUACUGGUGCAGUUCCAGGAAAACCUCGGCUUGUAAUUAGCCACACACAAAUGGGUACGGCUCUAAUUCAGUGGCACCCACCUGUCGAUACAUAUGGCCCCCUACAAGGGUACCGCCUGAGGUUUGGCCGCAAAGACAUGGAUGCAUUUACGACACGGGAUUUUACUGAUAAAGAUGACCACUACACGGCUACUGAUAUUCAUAAAGGGACUUCUUACAUCUUCAGGCUUUCAGCUAGAAAUAAAGUGGGCUUUGGGGAAGAAAUGGUAAAAGAAAUUUUGAUUCCAGAAGAUCUACCAAGUGGAUUUCCUCAAAAUCUACAUUCAGAAAGUGCCACCUCAACAUCUGUCCAACUAACUUGGCAACCACCCAUUUUAUCUGAGAGAAAUGGUAUAAUCACCAAAUACACUCUACAGUACAGAGAUAUCAAUGUGGUCAAUCAACAAACAGAGAUCCCUGUUGCUCCUGUUGAUACUAUAAUGACACUUUCAGGCUUAAAACCAGAUACCACAUAUGAUGUAAAAAUACGUGCACAUACAAGCAAAGGGCCCGGUCCAUAUAGUCCCAGUAUCCAGUUUAGGACAUUACCUGUGGAUCAAGCAGUGUUUGCAAAAAAUUUUCAUGUCAAAGCAGUAAUGAAAACAUCAGUCCUUCUUUCUUGGGAUAUACCAGAGAAUUACAAUUCUGCUCUGCCUUUCAAAAUUCUUUAUGAUGAUGGGAAAAUGGCAGUUGAAGUGGAUGGCCGAGCCACCCAGAAACUGAUCAUCAAUCUGAAGCCAGAGACAUCCUAUUCUUUUGUGCUAACCAAUAGAGGGAACAGUGCUGGAGGUCUGCAACACAGGGUAACAGCAAAAACAGCUCCAGAUGUACUACGCACCCAACCACUUUUCAUUGAUAAGACCAAUCUAGAUGGAAUGAUAACAGUGAAACUACCAGAAGUACCAGCAAACAAAACUAUCAAAGGUUACUAUAUAGUAAUCGUACCUUUGAUAAAGAAAUCAGAUGGAAAAUUCAUGAAACCACGCGAGAGCCCAGAUGAAAUGGAAUUAGAUGAGCUACUGAAAGAGAUAGCACGAAACGCAGUGAAGCAUUCGUUGGGGAGAGAAGCAGAUUUAAAGCCAUAUAUUGCAGCACACUUUGAAGUUCUUCCUACUGAGUUCACCCUGGGGGAAUAAGAAACAGUAUGGUGGUUUGAGAACAAGCAGCUCCCAAAUGGCCAAGAAUAUGUUGUCUUUAUUGUAGCUGUGAUGGAACACUCAGAAUCAACCAUGUAUGCAACCAGCCCAUAUUCUGAAACAGUUGUAUCAGUGGAUCUUAAUCCCCAGCCAAUUACAGAAGAGGAAGAGGUGAUCUGGGUUGUAGGACCAGUCCUUGCAGUUAUUAUCAUCUGUAUUGUUAUAGCUAUUCUACUUUAUAAAAGCAGUAAACCUGACAGAAAAACAGCAGACACAGACUCUAGAAAGAACAGUAUCCCCAACAGUAAAGAAAUCCCUUCACAUCAUCCCACAGAUCCAGUAGAGCGAAGACGCCUAAAUUUUCAAACUCCAGGUAUGGCCAGCCACCCACCAAUACCUAUUUUGGAACUUGCAGAUCACAUUGAAAGACUGAAGGCAAAUGACAACCUGAAAUUUUCCCAAGAAUAUGAGUCAAUCGACCCAGGUCAGCAAUUUACAUGGGAACACUCUAAUCUGGAAGUGAAUAAACCAAAGAACAGAUAUGCAAAUGUAAUUGCUUAUGAUCAUUCUCGAGUUCUUCUAUCAGCAAUAGAAGGCAUACCUGGCAGUGAUUAUAUAAAUGCUAACUAUAUAGAUGGUUACAGAAAGCAGAAUGCUUAUAUUGCAACCCAAGGAGCUCUUCCCGAAACCUUUGGAGACUUCUGGAGAAUGAUGUGGGAGCAAAGGAGUGCCACUGUUGUCAUGAUGACCAAAUUAGAAGAAAGAUCUAGGGUUAAAUGUGAUCAGUAUUGGCCAAGCAGAGGAACAGAAACAUAUGGAUUGAUUCAAGUCACAUUGCUAGAUACUGUAGAAUUGGCAACAUACUGUGUUAGAACAUUUGCCCUUUAUAAGAAUGGAUCGAGUGAGAAGAGAGAAGUUAGACAAUUCCAGUUCACUGCAUGGCCAGAUCAUGGCGUUCCAGAACAUCCAACACCAUUCUUAGCUUUCUUACGACGAGUUAAAACUUGUAAUCCUCCUGAUGCUGGACCAAUGGUCGUGCACUGCAGUGCUGGAGUUGGUAGGACCGGCUGUUUCAUUGUAAUAGAUGCCAUGCUAGAGAGAAUAAAACAUGAAAAGACUGUAGAUAUUUAUGGCCAUGUAACUCUAAUGAGAGCCCAGAGAAAUUACAUGGUUCAAACAGAGGACCAAUACAUCUUUAUCCAUGAUGCACUGCUUGAAGCAGUGACUUGUGGAAAUACCGAAGUGCCAGCCAGAAACCUGUAUGCAUAUAUUCAGAAGCUGACACAGAUAGAAACAGGAGAGAAUGUCACAGGAAUGGAAUUGGAAUUUAAGCGGCUAGCCAGCUCUAAAGCUCAUACUUCAAGAUUUAUUAGUGCCAAUCUUCCAUGUAAUAAAUUUAAAAAUCGCCUUGUCAAUAUUAUGCCAUAUGAAUCCACAAGGAUAUGUUUGCAACCUAUCAGAGGAGUGGAAGGCUCUGAUUAUAUCAAUGCCAGUUUUAUCGAUGGAUACAGGCAGCAAAAAGCCUAUGUAGCUACACAGGGACCUUUGGCAGAAACAACAGAAGAUUUCUGGAGAAUGCUUUGGGAGCACAAUUCAACCAUUGUAGUCAUGCUUACUAAGCUACGAGAAAUGGGCAGAGAAAAAUGCCACCAGUAUUGGCCAGCAGAGCGCUCAGCCAGAUAUCAAUAUUUUGUGGUCGAUCCUAUGGCAGAGUAUAAUAUGCCACAAUACAUCCUAAGAGAAUUCAAGGUCACAGACGCCCGGGAUGGCCAGUCCCGAACAGUGAGGCAAUUCCAGUUUACUGACUGGCCUGAACAAGGAGUGCCAAAAUCGGGAGAAGGGUUUAUAGACUUCAUUGGCCAAGUUCAUAAAACAAAAGAGCAGUUUGGACAAGAUGGGCCAAUUUCGGUUCACUGUAGUGCGGGUGUUGGAAGAACUGGAGUGUUCAUAACCCUAAGCAUUGUGUUGGAACGAAUGAGAUAUGAAGGUGUUGUAGAUAUUUUCCAGACUGUCAAAAUGCUAAGGACGCAGCGGCCAGCCAUGGUACAAACAGAGGAUCAGUAUCAGUUCUGCUAUCGAGCUGCACUAGAAUAUCUGGGCAGCUUUGAUCACUAUGCAACGUAAAAACAAAUGGAAAAACGCUGACCCAUUCUGGAUUGUUAACUACAGGCCCUUUAAGAUCCAGAGAGCCUCUUCUGAGCCAUACAGUGUGCUUGAGAAGUACUUAACUUUAAAUUAAAGACCAAUUAGUGGGAAAUAUUAACAGGAAACAAAACAAACUGCCGGAUGAACCAACAAUUCAGUCAUCAGUAAACUUAACCAGAAACACAAUUAAAGAAACUUGACUGGGUUGAGGCACCGGAAGGAUUUCAGUUUACAGAGAUCCCAGGAUUCUGUUUUGAUUGAAUUUGAAUGAAAAGGAAGAGGACAUUCCUUCCAAGGACGAUCAUCUCGUUCAGGACCGCAUGAUAAUCAACGAUGCCAACCUUAGGUUUCUGCAAUUCAGCGUCAGAUGUUCGUCAGGAGGCCCAUCCCGGCUCCUCCAGAACAAAACCACCUCUUGGUUCCAACAUCCCCCCCCCUUCCUGCCAUAUUGCUCAUCAGUAACCUUUGGGGUUGGGAGGGCAAAGGGCAAAUGUUUGAAAAGAAAGUCCUUUAUUUAGUUUUCUAGUAUUGUAAAGAUACUGCUGACCUGUGCUUCAUUUUUAACUGUGUAAACUUUUUUUCCUUUUUUAAAAAAACGACGACAAAGGUUUAUCAUUCGAUGAAGUAAAUUCAAACAAAAAUUGCAUACCUGUUCGAUUUUUUUUGUUUGUUUCUGAAUUGUAGUUUUUUUAUGCUGUAGAACUGUUACCUGUAAUAUCUCGCUGUAGAAAUGUUAAAUAAUUUUGACAAUUUGCACAUUUUUGUGCAGCCCUAUAUUUAUCUCCAGGACCACAUUCUCAUUUAGAUCUUGCUUUUACAUUUGAUUUUUUUUUCAAUGAAAUAUAAAUCAGUUAAUCUACAUAUGGGAGAUUUUGUUUUUAUUUCUUUUGGAAUCAACAGGGAAGCGCAAGUAUAAAGCUGCUACUAACGCUCACACGUUUCUCUUUCUAUUAUAAAUAUAUGUAUAUCUCUCUCAUUCUCUCUCUAUCCAUCUACAACAAUAAUACGUAGAUAGACAGAAAGAAAUGCACAUAAAUAUAAAUAUAUAAAUAUAAAUAUACAUGUAUCAGUUCUUCCAUGACUUGGAUUUGUUGAAGUAGUGGGGGGGAAAAUACAAAUUGAUACAUUCAGACACCAUACAACAUUUCUACACAUCUCUGCAUUUCGAGGUUUGCUUUUGAGGGAUUUGUGUUUCUUUUAUCUUUUUGUUUUGCUUUCUUUUCAAUUUCCUAGGGGAAAUGAGGAAUGCACAUCAGUGAUACUUGAAAUUCAACCUUACCCAAAUCUAAUGGGUAGAAAUCAUGUGCACACAUAUCAUUCAUCACCCAUGCACAUUAAGGUUUGAUCUGCCGUUACUAGAAGGGAAGGCCCAUUAACUCAGUGGGACUUACUCCUAAAUAAACCUGCUUAGGGAUUGCAUUGCAUAUCAUGUUAUAGCUCUCAGUGAGAUUUCAUAUUGCAAAAAGUUUAGUGCAACAGCAUCCAUAAUAAGUAUAGGAAGUAGGCAUACAAAGGAGGUCAGUGCAUAUCCCUAAUGGAAGGAAAAUGCUAUAAUAGUUGUCAAGGGUUUUUAAAAUGUAUCCACUUAUAAAAUUGUCUGCAGUAUAGAAUAGGUUUUUGGAAUGACGACGUAAAAUGGGGCAAAGCCAAACACACGUUGGUCUGUAGGCCAGAAUAUUUUCUGGCAGACAGCACUAGUUAGAAAUGCUGUUUUUCAGUUUUAAUUUUUGCAUUUAGAGUGCCUUAUAUUUGAUGCCUAUUUUGAUAGCAUUGCUUCGAUUUCUUUUGUCUAUGUUUGCUCCAACAGGAUCUCUGUGAUUUCUCAUCAACCUUUUUUUUCCAAUUAACACAGUCUCUUUUCAGCAUGUGAAGUUUUUCUUAACAAUAUUCAUUCCAAGUUUUCACUAUUGAUAUUUUUUUUCAUCCAUACCAGAGGGUAGUCAGGCACCCUGUAGGCACAGGCAAACUAUUUCAAAAAUGCCCCCAGCUGGCAUUCAUAACUAUAAUUUUAUUUUGUUCUGUUUUAUAGACAUGCUGCUAUUCUAAAAAUAUAAUAAAAUACUCCUAAUACUUUAGGAAUGGCAAUUUGACUGGGUUUGGAUCCCCACUCAUGUACGUGAAUUUCACUGGAGGUCACAACAUGUUCUUUUAACUCAAGCAAGGAGGGCUCUGAGAUCAGCUGGAUUGGACAAAGGACUUACGGUGGUAUUGUCUAAUGACAACUGAAUAAAUGGAUUGUGCCAGUUGAACAGAAGCCAUUGUUUCUUAUAUUGGGCUUGGUCAACCUGGUGCCAUUUUGAUCAAAAUAUAGAUCACAAAGAAAUGUUCUUAGAUGUGUUUCCAUAAAUAAAAGCAACCAGGAAUAUACCUACAUUAGCAUUUAUUUUUCCAUGUUUUCCACCAUUACCAGAAAUAAAUAUAUUAAAAGACCAAACACUAGAAAGCAUUCUAUUUGAGCACUUUUAUAUAUAUAUAUAUUUUAAGAAAAUCAAUUAAAAAGCGCAAAAAACAAAAAAAAUCCACAUACAUAUGUAUAAUAGUUUUUAAAUAAGCAUUAUAGAAGGCUACCUCAGAGUGAGAUUCUUUAAUUCUACAUCAGAAUCCAACAUGAAUGUGUGCACUGCAUGUUUUCUUUUGAUUUGUUUCUGUCAAAAAUAAAAAGGGGCCGGGCUACAUACAGAACUCACACUUUCAAUCAAAAGGAUGGCUCGACAGAUUGACAUGCCGUCCAAAGAUGCUGGAGAGGCACGGCUGCACAAACGCUUUGGGUGAACUGGCUUAAAUUCAAGCACAACCCUGCAAGGGCCAAAGCAAUAGAAUUCCCCCCCCCCC